AACCCGAGACCCUCCUCCUCGACGGCGUCGGCAGGGAGAGGGAGGGGCAGAGCGGCGGGGAAGAGGGAGCGGGAUGGCGGCGUGGUUUAAGCUCGGUGGCUCCGCUGUGCGCGCCAUGGGCGCUCUCCGGGGAUCGCCGCCGGCGAUGGCAUCAGUGUUCACCGGUGGAUGGCUCCUGGGGUCUUCCAUCUCCAGCUGGCAGACGCUGAAGGUUGCGGAGCAGCAGAUCGACGCCCUGGCGAGGGAGCAAGAGGAGUACCUCAACAAGUUUGAGGCCAAGUGGGUCGAGGAACUUAACAGGCUGAAGCUCGAGAUGAUGAAUGAGCUCGAGGAGUCGGAGGAACGGCUUAACAGGGAGAUUGACGUCCUCAAGAUGAUGGCGAGGAUAGCGAUGGAGGAGAAGGAGAUGAGGAUGGCGAUGGAGGAGGAGGCUGCUUCUCCAGGUCCUCUCCAGGGUGAGUCCGGGGACCUCGGUGACGUGUGACUGAUGGCGAGGAUCAUCGGAGGAGGCUUGCCUGCGCCAGAUGUGGAUGUGGGUGAUCGAUAUGUAUCUACUAGUAUCUAAUCUAUCAUUGAGCAAUAUAACUUGACUACUAGCCAGAUGUAGAAAGUUGAGGAUUACAACAACAGUAAAAGUAAGCUGUCUUGCCUGAGACCCAGAAACUAGGAACCAGCACAGUCAACUGCUACUAGCUCUACUCAUUACUACAUGAUGAGAAAUUGCCAGCUUCCA